AUAUAGUCGGCAAGUGCUACAGCUGCAGCUACUAUCUCAGUAGUGAAGCAGAGAGCGACCACGAUCCGGGAGACCUAUCGUUCGCGCCGUUUUGCACGACGUCUUAUUUUCUCCUGUAAAAAUCCUUCUCUCUUUUAUGAGAUUCUCUCUUCAUUUUCACUUACAAUUAGUGCAACUUGUGAUUGAUUGAUUGAUUGAUUAGGUGCUUGUUGUGCUGUUGUGGUUGUUGUUAUUAGUGGUGGUGGAUUAACUGAACAAAUCUAGAGCAUGACGAGAAAGCAUACAGUGAUUGUAAAGCUCAAGAGAUCCGGCACAGGCAGGCCUUGGGGCAUAAGGAUCGCUGGAGGCGCCGAUCUAAACACGCCGAUCGUAGUCACCCGCUCGGAGAACGAGGCGCUCCAGAGGGGUGAUGUGAUCAAGAAGAUCGACGAUUAUGACACGCGCGACAUGAGGCAUGUAGACGCACAGAACCUACUCCAAAACUCCGAAACCAUAAAGCUAGUCGUCGAAAGGUCUGAGUCGCCGAGAGCCACGACAUCAUCACGUAUUACCACCGACACUACCAUCACUGCGUUACCAUCACCAUCCACAGUUUUCAAGUCGAACUUUGGCGACAGGGCUGCGGUCACUAGUCUGUACAAACAGCAGAAGGAGUAUCCUCAGGAAUUACCGAAGAGCCCGAUUCCACCGCCUUCAGUUGAGGAGUAUGUAUCAACACCCAUAUCGAGCCCCGAAUACACUCUUCGCAGUACGAUCAUUUUACCGCAUGAUCAUCGCGAUGAGAUUCGCGAAGAGAAGGCUCAUUUGUCACAGCCCUACCGCACAACUCCUUUGGUCUUGCCAGGUGCGAAGGUGAAGAAGGAUGCUCCUCUCGGUGAAUGUUAUCUACGACAUCAUCCGAAUCCGAUGAUCAGGGCGGCGCCCCAUCAUUACGAGCCGGCUCACCCUGAAGUCGCUAUGAAGCAAAAGGUGGCGGAAACGGUACUUCAGCGUGUCAUGGGACCGAAUGAAGUUCCAAAGAUUGUCCAUAAGCAAUUCAAUUCGCCGAUCGGGCUUUAUUCGGAACAAAACAUCACAGAUACCAUCAAGUGUCAAGCGUCUGUCGUACCCCAGAAGAAGCCGAUGAAGUAUGAUCCGAGUAAGAGCGAGGCGUACAAGGCUCUGCAGGAGGAGGAACUCGGGGACCAUGUGCAGGAAGUCAGACAACCGGUUCGCACUGGCGUUUUCGCGCCGCAAAAAUCGAACAAGGUAUACCAGACUCCACCGAAAAGUCCUGCAUACGGUGGAUAUAGACGUCCCUUCCCUCUUCCUUUUGUUAAGGAUUUCACCAACGACUAUUAAAAUUUUUGCAGAAACUUUUAAACGUGUUCGACGACGAGGGCGAGAAGAUUCAUCAAAGUAAUAGCUUCAAGAGGAUCAUGUACAGUGUGCUGGGACAAACCGAUUAUUAAAAGCCGAACUGACGCUAUAAAUGUACUAUCAUUUAUUUAUGUUAAAUAAAUCCACGCUUUAUUUAUUGUACUACGCAAUAAACGAAUUACACUUGAGAACGAAUGUCGAAUAGAAUCUCUUUUAACUAAAAUCACUUUAACUAAGAUCUAGCAAUUGGAUUAUAUUUUUCAGAAAAGCAAGCUUAAGUGCAUAUACGUAAAAGUCUAGGAGCGUUAAUUGAUAAAUUGCACUCGACAUUCAUUGCUUACUGGAUAAAAUUAUUUUUAAGCGUAGUAAUAAUAGUUAAUUUAAAAUGCAUCGUUAAUACAUGAAGCUUGCCAUCUAUAUUUUAUUCAAGAUUAAUAUCUUUUUGCUAGCUUGCACUAAGAUAGCUUAUUCUUUUCUCCGCAUCUCGAUGUAUCUAUUUUUUGACGAUCUAUUUACACACUGUAUUAUACUUUUAACGUUAUGCACAAUGAAAAAUUAAUUUUCACAGAA